AUGACACGUCUAACGUCAAUUAAGGAUUAUAUCGUUGAGACGUUUUGGACUAUAUUUUAUUUCUUUUAUUUUCUGAUCAAAGGAAAUCCUCGAUGGAAAUGCGAAACGAUCGAACCUCAAGUUAAGACGAACUGCUGUGUAAACAAUCAUAACCUUACUCAAAAUGGAUUCAGUCAUAAUAAUAAUCAUCAAAAUUAUAAAUCAGCUACAUAUAAAGAUCAUCCAGUGAAGCAGAAGAGCUUCCUUUCCAAUCUAUAUGAUGGUGUUUGUAACGCUCUCAAAACUGGCUGGGUAUAUACUAAACGUAUAGCGAGAUGGUCUUGGUCUCAGGUAUGCAAAGUUGGUCGACUUUUGAUUAACUUCUGGCAAUGGCUGAUGUCCAUAUUCGGACAACCUGUUCCAACUAAAACGCUGCCUGCUACACCAAAGCCAUUUACACCACAGAAUAGCUUCUGUGAUUCUCCAAACUAUAACAAAGUCGUGUUUGAUCCUAUCUUGGAUAUUGACGAUGAUCAGACACUGAUGGACGAUCAGCAAUCUACUGUUCCAACAGCUGCUGCCCCCACGCCAUCGGACUCAGAAUCCUUCUACACUCAGAGGGUAUAUGCUCCAGUUACUGACGAACCGGCCGAUACCCACGUAACUCAAGACAGUCUCAGAGAAAUGUCUGUGCCACCACCUGCACCCCCUCCACCACCUCCAAAGCCAAUUAGAAUUGGAACGUCAGUGGAAAGAGAUUUGUCCGAGAGAAAAACGCCUUCGAAGGAAUUCAAAGAAGUAAAAGGAGGAAUUCCAAACCUUCCAGCAGACUUAAUGGCUGAACUGUCAGGAGCACUCCGUCAAGAACGUGGUCACUCAGCUCAACGAGAAAUGACUCAAAGCUGUCAUCCAGAUAUGGCUGAAUGGAAAACACAAGAAAGACGCGAACGUGCUACAACUCCUCACUCGUAUCGAGCUAGUAGCGUUGGACCAACAAUGAGACGACUCGAGCAAGUUGUCUCGCGUUUGGAGGAUACAACGGAUGAUGAAGCGCAGUUCGUUUUUAGACCGAAGCAACAAAAUCAGCAAAAUGGGGAUGGUUAUCGAAUUGGAAGAAGUGUCUUCUCUCCUGUCGAAGAGGUGGAGCAGAUGAGAGAUCAGAUCAACAGAAGAACGAAUGUUUACGAUUCUCGUCCUGUCACACCCGCUUGCAGCAUGAAAAGCUAUGGAGGCGAGGCAAGCUCAGGCUAUGAUAGUAACUCAAAUGGAUAUCAGUAUUAUCGAUCAAAUACUGUUGUGAACGAAAAACCUUCACAUUCAUAUCAGGCGUACAGCUCUCCAUACAAUCAGAGCGAAAGUGAAGUUCGUCAAAGACAUCGAUCAGUUGGCCCUCACAGUCAAGACUCAGCCGGCCGAACAACACCUUUCCAACAAAGCUCUGCUUACAGUUCAAUGCCAUUUACAUCACACACAUCAAGAAAAAGCAAAACACCAACAGCAUUUGAUCGAGGAUCAAAUUUUGCUUACGACAGAGAUUCAGUAACACAAGGAACUGUGUGCAGCACUGUUCGACAAUGGCCUCCAGUCAGUAAUGCUACUGGAGCUCCAGUCGAGAAAGAUACUUGGUUCACAAGUUUUGCUGAUGAGAACGAUGAUGGCUUAAUCACAACAAUGGCUAGAAGAGUUGUCGAAAGAAAAGUGGAAGAUAAUUGGAAAUGGAGAGAUGAUUCGGGAAAGUUAGUUGAUGAACAGAAUCAAAGAACAUGGAAGGGUGAGCUUGACACUGUUCUGCGUGAUGGACCGAAUCAGGGACGACAUUGGAGUCGAACAGUCGAAAUGCUACCCACAGGUGAUACCAAGUUUCAAGAUGUUAGCAGACAAUAUGAUCGCAAUUUUGUUGUUGAGAGCAUUAUCCGUAAUUAUUGA